GCUUUGCCCUAAGCAUGCUGAGUAAUCCGACUGUGUGGCUUCUAGAUGAACCAACCACUGGCCUGGAUCCCAAAGGAAAAUACCAAGUGUGGAGAGCAAUUCACACCAUGCUGCAGAACAAGGAUGAAGGUGCCCUUUUGACAACUCAUCGCAUGGAGGAAGCAGAGGCAGUGUGUGACCAAGUAGCUAUCCUGGUGUCUGGACAGCUCAGGAUAUCUACUCCGUUGGUCUACAAGAUUCCAAUGGAAGAUGCCCUGCCUCUCUCUAAAGCUUUUUCCAUGCUAGAAAAAGCAAAACAACUGUUCAACCUUGAGGAGUACAGUUUUUCUUUGAACACAUUGGAACAGGUUUUCCUAGAACUUUGCAAAGACCAAGAGAGAGAUUAUUUUGAUUUGGCUCCGAAUACAACUUUUGAUUGGAAGAAACUUCAGGAGGGUGAUCUCUAAGUCAUCAACACAUUAAAAAAAAUUGAACAGUACUGACGUAAGCACUUGAUCUGAAAGAGAGAAUAUUCUCUAGAUAAUGGGGGUUAUAAUCUGUUGCUUAGAAUGGAAGUUUUUAAGGAAAAGGCAUUGUGACUAACUCUUAUAUUAACCAUAUCUAGAGAAUUUACAGUUCUCUAAAUUUUACAGUUCAGGUAAAUUUCAACCAAGAAGAAGAAGAAAAUGACUUUUCUGCAUUGUUUCAUGUUUCAUCAACAUAAAUUUUACCUUUUAUUGUGGACAUAAAUUAAAGUAUACAUAAUACUUUCAAUCAAUAUUUUUAGAUCUGCUUUCUUAAAUGUGUAAAAGUGGUAUAUUUUUCAGAUUAAAAUAUGCAUUGUAUUUUUCGGAGUAUAAAAUGCAGCUUAGUUUUUGGGGAGGAAAAUAGGAAAAAAAAUCUGCCUACCAGGUAU